CACUGCCACAACUGCCAUUGACAAUGGCGGCCACCCGUCUCACAAUGAGGUCUUUCCUCGGUCUUCUCUUCCUCUUGUUCGUUCAACUCACCUCCGCCCUGAAGUUCGACCUCUCUGCCGUGAGCGGGAAGAACGAGCGAUGUAUACGCAACUUCGUCUUCAAGGACCAGCUUGUGGUCGUCACGGCCAUUGUGAGCGGAAACAAGGGUGAUGGUCAGGUUGUUAACAUGCAUAUCAAGGAUGCGCUGGGCAAUGACCACGGUCGUCCUAAGGAUAUUGCCGGAGAGACUCGCCAGGCCUUCACUUCUCCCGCUGAUACUGCCUUCGAUGUUUGCUUUGACAACCAGCUCACCACUCGUCACGCCGUUGCCAACCCCUACAAGUCCAUCGAGCUCGACGUCGACAUCGGUGCCGAUGCCCGUGACUGGUCUAGCAUUCAGGUCCAGGAGAAGCUCAAGCCUGUCGAGACCGACCUCCGCCGUAUCGAGGAGAUGGUGGCCGAGAUUGUCAGCGAGAUGGAGUACCUGCGCGCUCGUGAGCAAAAGCUGCGUGACACCAACGAGAGCACGAAUGAGCGUGUGAAGUGGUUCGCAUUCGGUACUAUGGGUAUGCUGGUUGGAUUGGGUGCUUGGCAGGUUGUGUAUCUGAGGGCUUACUUCAGAUCCAAGCACCUUAUCUAGACUAUGUGGGUUUAAAUCUAGAAUCGUGAGAAAGAGAAGGUUCCAGGUUGAUGCUUUCUCUCUUGUCAUGACAAAAUAUGGACUAUCUUUUUUUUCAAUGCAUUUCAUUAUCAUCCUGGCCCUAUGUAGCUCCGGGAUUUGCUUCACGGUACACUGAUUGAUUAUCUGAUGAGUAUGACAACUGUGCAUGUAUAUUGGUGCUGGUGAUCGGUAUUAUUAUCAGAUUUCUAGCCAUUUUUAACCACAUAGAAAGAAGACCUCUA